AUGCCCAUAACUGAAAGUCAGAUUCAUCUCUUCCACAAGAUGGACCGCGAGGUCUUCUGUUGCCUGCUUCUGAAACUAUCUCUCGAACCUUCUCAAUGUCUUCUCAUAAUGUCCCUCUGGCUUUGGCUUGAAAACGCAGGGUACCCUAACGUUGUCCCUCAGCUCGUAGGGCUCUCUAAUCCUCUCCUCAACGCCAUGGCCAAAGAAGCUCAAGCUUGCCUCCAGUGUCUCGAAGACGAUAGCCCUCGCAUUCCUAGAGGCGGUGGCCUUCCUCUCACAUCCACACUCCUCGAAAAGGAAAUAACUCUACAGCUUUUUCACCUCAAAAGGUUCACCGCCAUCGCCGGAAUCAAAAGCGUCCUCAACAACGUCUCCGUCAGAAUCUUCUCUGAUAUAUUACACAACGUUCUGAGUAUUAAUAAUAUCAGUGGCGGCAGGUCCGGCAACGGGCCGUUGCCGAUUCCGGGUUUUCCACACCCGGUGUUCGGGAACGUGACGGUGCCGCCGUUGAUGCCGGAGGUGCCGGCGGAGUUGUGGUGGUCUGAUGACUUGGAGGACAACGUGUCGUGGAGCAGCAGGCCGUCGGACGACGUGAGGGACGAAGACAAGACGAUGUUUCUGACGUUUUCGAGGGGGUUUCCGGUGUCGGAGGCCGAGGUUUUGCAGCUUUUCACGACAAACUUCGGGGAAUCGAGCGUGCGGGUGAUAAACAUGGGAGAACCGGACGCUGCGAACGAGCAGCCGCUGUUCGCGACGAUGGUGCUCGAUAGUGUGGCCACGGUGGACGAAAUUCUGAUGGGCAAACGCAUCGCCAAGUUCAAGAUUAACGGCAAACAUAUCUGGGCUCGCAAGUACGAGAAUCGUGACUGA